UAACAUCCGUAUAUCGGUCUCUCUCGUACAUCGACUACCACCUCACUCUAGGCCUAUUGAUGCAAUCUCUGCGCUCGGCAUGCUCUGUGAUUAUUUUAGUUCGUAUUCCCUCCACAAUACUAGUGUCGCUACGCUGCAAUGUGUCCGCCAUUUUCUUCUCUCUCUUUCUGCGUGUUGUCAGUACAGUUAAAACCGCGUAGAUGAACGCUCGUCCCGUGUUAGUGUUUACUUCUUGAUCACUCUUCUUCUUCUGGACUCGUGCUCGAAGUUUAGAUUUUUCUCCAUCUCCAAUGAAGACGACUAAAAUAUACAAUGCAAUUGAUAUUAGAAACUGAAACCAGUGCAGACAUAAAUUUGAAAAUGGCUACUAUUGAGGAGUCCUUGGAUACAACUCUUAAAGAUUCCAUUGAAAGCCUUAAAAACGACAUUUGUAAUGGAAACAAGGAAAAUAUUGAGGGUCAGAAAAACAUUAUAACAAGUGAACCAGAUACUCAUGAUGAGGAGCUUAAAGAAAACUCUGAAGAUCUGCCAGAACUGCCAUCUACUGCCAAAGAUACUUCAUCAGAAUUAGAAACAAAUAAUGAACAGCCUGAAGUAGCUUCUACUACUGAAAAAACAAGUCCAGAAAAUGGUGAUUUAGAUUUAAAAACUGAAGAGAAAGGAGAGAACAAUGUAAAUUCUUAUGAAAAAAGCCAUAGCAAUGGUAUAACAACUGAGGAUAAUUUUAAUGGUGAUAAACAAAAGUGUGAAGAAAAUUGUGCACCAGUAAAAAUGGAUACUGAGGAGGAUAAUAUAAUAGUUAAUGGUUUUGAUAAAGAAGAAGUUGAAGAUAUUAGCUUAAGUAGUAAAAAAGAAACAGUUGAGGAUGCUGAAUGUGUCAAAUUGGAAAAUGAUGUUGAAUUAACAAAAGCAUUAGAUAUUUUAGAGGCUGAAAUGAAAGUAGACAGUGUCAAUAAUGAUGCUGAAACAAUUCAUUCGGAUGAUUCAGUUAAAAUCAUUGAAACUAAGACCUCUGAAAUAUUAGAUGACGUUGAUGAAGACAUCUCUGAGAUGGCGCUAGAAGUAGACAAAACUAUUUCAGAGAUGAAAAUGCAAAUUGAUGAUGAUAUCUUAGAUAAUAUUAGCCCUGAUGAAAAUGUAUCUGAAGAUGACAUUUUAAUUAAUGAAGAUGAGUCAGAUAAUGUUUCUCUAAAGAAAGAUGACACUUCCAGUGUGGUGCAAGCUGAAUCAAAGUGUGAUGUUGGAGUUUCGCCUAAAAAUAUAGUAGAUCUUGAUACAGCUAGAGACAAUAAAAAAGCAUCGGAUGAUAAUUUGGUAGUUGAAUCAGAAAAAAGUGAAACUGUGACCGAAGUAGUCGACGAGAAAACUAGCAAUGAAGUCCUAGAAAUAAGUAAAGAAGUGGAGACGAAUGCUGAUAUUGAUAAGCCCGACGAUACACCAGAACCUGUAGCCUCAGUAGCACUAGAAAGUGAGGCCAAUACGAAGGUUGAUGAAGUCCAAAUUGACGAUGAUGUUAUCCAAAUUGAAUCAGAACAAGACAGUGAAGUGUUAGAAAGUAGCAAAGAAACUGUGAAUGAUGUUGAUACUGAACCAGAAAAAGUCGUUAAAAGUGUUUCCGAGAUAGUUGCUGAGAAUGACAAAACUGUAAAAGAUGCGGAUUCUUCUGUCACUGUCGCAAAAGAGGGCACUGAAAAUGAGUCAGUUAAAAUUGACUGCGAUGUAGUGGAUGAAAUAGCUCAAAGCGCGGAUGAAAAAGUUGAAGUUUUGGAUGUAGAUGAAAUUAAGGAGGUAUCAAAAGUUGACGAGCAAUCACAAAAGAUUGAUGAGAGUGAUGGCGUAACACAAACAUUAAAAGCAGAUGAAACUAAAAAAUCUACAGUCUUGAAGCUAUCCAACACACUGGAUAUUCUAUCUGAUGAUGAUGAAGACCAAGCUCCACAAGCUCCAAAAGAACCUGCGAAAGAUCUAAAGACAGCUGAAACAACACCAAUGGAGAAGCAAUGCAUUAACAUCGAAGAUGACGACGAUAUCAUGCUAAUAGAUGACACAGAAGUUAGUAAGGACACCAAAGCUGAGUCGACUCAGCCUAUGGAAACAGAAGUAACAAAAGAAGAUAAACCAACGGAAUGUACAAUUGAUUUAGAAAAUGGAGAAAAUAUUGAAACUACUAAAAUUGAAGAUGUCGUUGACGAGGUUCAAAAAGAUGCGACUGAACCUAUUUCUGAAGUCAAAGCCCCAAGCAAAGAGCUGGAUGUGAGUGAAUCAAUCACAGAACCAAAUGUAGAAGACAAAAAACCGGCUAAACCUCUGCUACCUGAAAAUUUCCUAAAAUCUUGUAAGAAAAACUUGGCUGACAUGACAAGAGAUGAAUUGGAAGAAUUUUGUGUUGCGAAAAUUGUGGAGAGCAUUGUGGACAGAAGCAAUAUGGGCGAAAUAAAAAGAAUGUUGAAAUCAAUGAGCCAGAGCAUUGACGAGUACAAGAAAAAAUCGCUAAUGCUUUGCAAGCAGAACAGAGAUCUCCAACUUGUUCUAAAAUCCAUUCAAGAAGAACAAAAAAAGAGGCCUGGUUCUGCUAUCACUCCAUUGAAAAUUACUAGAUCUGUGGGUAUGCAAGUGUUGAUGACUGAAAAAAGUCAAGGUGGAAAAAAGAAGCCUCCUAACAGCAACACCACCCAGCCGCCACCACCGACUCCCAAUAGGAAUCCUAGAACUCCGACUCCAAGUCUUCGACCACAGAAGCCAGCCAGCACUCAGCCGAUACCAGUGCCGCGUCUUGUUCCAGCUGCUGCUAAUCCAGUGGCAAAAAGUCCGAUAGCGCAGAGCAGUCCCGUUAAACCUCAAUUUCCGAACGGAGCAAGGAUGUCGCCGCCAGUUCAAAAGGCCGAGAAGAGACCACACAACCGGGUACAGUCCGUCACGGUCGACUUGACUGAUGAUGAGCCCCCUGCCAAGGUGACGCCUAGAAGCUCCCCCGCGCCCCCUGUCAGACUGGUUUCCCCUCAGAAUCUACUGGCGUCGAGACCACAAUUGAACCAAUCGAUCAACAGUCCCAGAAAAGUGUACAUACCUAUUAGUGGGCCUCAAGGACAAAUCCGGCCUGGACAAACUAUCAUGUUGAAAUCUGUGCCUGCACCAGGUCCAAGGCAAAGAUGUAAUAUACCAAAUUUAACAAGAGCGCCAGCGCCAAAUGUGGUUAGAACCCGAGUCCAGACCAGGCACCCUGCGCCGUUGCCCGACGCCAUGAAGCAGUACCAACCGCCCAAUUGGAAAGCGCUCCCACCAGCGCCUGAUCUGAAAUUGUCCAAAGUUGAAAAUGGAAUAGUCAUCUCAUGGAAGAUCGAGGGCUAUCAAGUAGACAGUUACGAGGAAAUAGCUAGCUACCAACUGUACGCUUACCAAGAGACGAGUUCGCCACCAAGUACAGCUUUAUGGAAAAAAAUUGGCGAUGUAAAAGCCUUGCCGUUACCCAUGGCGUGCACGUUGACGCAGUUCAUGGCAGGGUUCAAAUAUUAUUUCGCCGUUCGAGCGGUUGAUGUCAGAUCUCGACUUGGUCCCUUUAGUCUGCCCGGAAGUAUACUUCUCCUGAAUAAAAUGUAAGACUGAUUAUAAUAUCUGGUAAUGUUAUUUGAUGCUUGCAAUGUUAUACAUUGUAACCGCGAAUACGAGUGGAACUUGGAAGUGAUAGAAAUAUUUGUUUAGUUAUUUAUUGAUCUUAUUUGUACAGUAGGGGAUUAUUUAGUGUUUUAUGUGUCAGAUGUUGGUAACUUGGAUAAAGUCGCUGUUGUAAAGCAAUAAUGGUUCCUGGUUUUUCAAUUCUCAAGAUUUACUAAUUAUAAUGUCAAGUCAGGGAGUGAAAUUUUUAUGUAGACUAUUGCUAAUUACUUACCUAAUUUGUUAGUAAUAAUUUCAUUAGGUUACAAUAUUGUAGGGUAAUUAAUUUGUCAUGCGAUCCUGUAAAUAUUCCUAAAAUGUAAUAUGUUUCAUUAGGUCUCUAUAGUCACGUAUAAUAAGCGCAUAUUUUACAUAAUAACAUUGAUUGUUGUCAAACCCAUUACAUGUUAUUGGAAAGAAAUUAGAUAGGCAAUUGAUCGUACUCAAUUUAGCCAAUUCAAAACAUUUUCAGUUUAGUACUUGAUAUUAAAAUUUUAAAAUAUCCAAAAUGAA